CCUCGCAGGCACGAUGUCCCAGAGGCACCUGGCUCCCACCGCGCUGCUGCUGCUGCUGGCAUGCCUUCUGAGCAUGCUCAGUCACACCGCCACCGCGUAUGGACCACUGAACCACGCUUGCUGUGUGAAAUACACUGUCAAGCCUUUGCCGUUCAGUACCAUCAAGGGCUUCAUCGAGCAGAGCUCCCGGGAGGUGUGCCGCAUCGAUGCCAUCAUAUUCUACACAGUGCGUAACAAGAAGGUGUGCGCCAGUGCCAAAGACGAAUGGGUGAAAGCACACCUAACUCGUCUCAGUGCUAAACUGAAGACACUGGCUACCAAAGACCCAAGCAGACACAUCCAUGGGAAAAACUCCAGCGCCAUCCUGAAUGACUGAUUCACACAUAUCACCAGAGAGACUUAAACACAUCACGGGUGAUCUGCAUUUGUCCACUGCUCAGACUGAUUUACUGCUUGGCAAUAUUACAGAAAGAUCAAAUUUGCUGGAUAUGCAGCCUGCUGCUUCCAUAUAAUCUGAAUAAUCACAAUAUUAAAAUUGCAACUAUAGCUUUCCUGGUGACCUUCUUUUAACUAUAAGCUAAAUAAGUCUA